AAAGUUUCUCUGCCCGCCUGGCGUCGCGAGCCCGAGCCGCGGGACCGACCGGCCCACCGCGCUGGAAAAGAGAGACAGGAGCACGCGGCAAAACACACUGGAGAAAAAUCUCCAGGCACGGCAGGCGCAGGGGGGCAGGUCUACAGCUCUCCCAGGCUCUGUGAGCAUUUUGCUAUGACUGCUGUCCCCUCGUGGAGCCAGGACUGCCCUGCUACCACAGCCACGCCAGACUCCCACCCUGCCCUGCCCGCCCUUGGCCAAGUCACCAUGGGCAGCGUCAGCAGCCUCCUCUCUGGCCACAGCUUCCACGGCAAGCACUGCCGGGCUUCCCAGUACAAGCUGCGCAAAUCCUCCCACCUCAAGAAACUCAACCGGUACUCUGAUGGGCUGCUGAGAUUCGGCUUCUCACAGGAUUCAGGUCAUGGCAAGUCCAGCUCCAAAAUGGGCAAGAGUGAAGACUUCUUCUACAUCAAGGUCAGCCAGAAGGCCCGGGGCUCCCACCGCCCAGAUUACACAGCACUGUCCAGUGGUGACCUAAGGGGCCAGGCUGGAGUGGACUUUGACCCGUCCACCCCACCCAAGCUCAUGCCCUUCACCAAUCAGCUAGAAAUGGGCUCAGAGAAGGGUGCAGGGAGGCCGACAGCCUUCAAGCCUGUGCUGCCGCGGUCGGGAACCAUCCUGCACUCCUCCCCUGAGAGUGCAGGGCACCAGCUGCACCCCGCCCCUCCCGACAAGCCCCGGGAGCAGGAGCUGAAGCCCAGCCUGUGCUCUGGGGCGCUGUCGGACUCCGGCCGCAACUCCAUGUCCAGCCUGCCCACGCACAGCACCAGCAGCAGCUACCAGCUGGACCCAGUGGUCACCCCCAUGGGACCCUCCAGCCGCUUUGGGGGCUCAGCCCACAACAUCAUGCAGGGCAUCGUCCCCCAGGACAGCAACAUGAUGAGCCUGAAGGCUCUGUCUUUCUCCGACGGGGGCAGCAAGCUGGCCCACCCGGGCAAGACGGAUAAGGGCGCCUCGUGUGUCCGCUCCCCCAUCUCCACGGAUGAGUGCACCAUCCAGGAGCUGGAGCAGAAGCUUCUGGAGAGGGAGGACGCAUUGCAGAAGGUGCAGCGCAGCUUCGAGGAGAAGGAGCUCACCUCUAGCCAGGCCUGCGAGGAGCGCCAGCGUUGCGGCAGGGAUGAGCCAGAGGGCCCAGAGUCCAGGUGCCCCAGCAAGCUGAAGCAGGCCUCGCAGAAGAGCCAGCGCGCUCAGCAGCUGCUGCAUCUGCAGGUCCUGCAGCUCCAGCAGGAGAAGCGGCAGCUCCGGCAGGAGCUCGAGAGCCUCAUGAAGGAACAGGACCUGCUGGAGACCAAGCUCAGGUCCUAUGAGCGGGAGAAGACCAGCUUUGCUCCUGCGCUGGAGGAGACCCAGUGGGAG